UUGGUUUUUACAUGCGUUACCGAUAAACGGUACGGGAGUGAGAGAGAGAGAGGGUGAGCAAGGGAGGCAGAGCAGCGGGAGAGAGAGUGGACGGAACCUUGCGCCGGAGUGAGAGAGACAGGAGCGACGGAGGGACAGCUUCGCCGGUGACCGAAGAACUCGCCGGAGUGAGAGAGAGGGUGAGAGAGGGAGGGAGAGCAGCGGGAGAGAGUUUAGGUUUUUUGCAUUUUUGAAUUUGGGGAACGACUGAACGAGUAAUACUGUAUUAGAUUUUUUUUUUAAAUAACACGUAAGAGAGAAGUCGGGUAUGAGUUGGGUCAUGUUGCGACUUUCCUUUAUUUCUGAAAGCAUUUUAAGCUCAGGGAAUUUUUGUCUUUUUUGAGGCCACGGAGAAGCAGAUCUCACUCAAAAAACAGAGAAAAUGAGAAAGAGCAAGGGCCCAGACAGUCCCAACUUCCAGAAGUACGGCGUGCCGUUCUAUUCGGCCGCUUGGGUGCCGUACAAGAGCAUCAAAUUCGACCAGGAGGAAGAUCGGGAGCAAUCCACCGAUGAAGUUUCCGGAGGCCACGAAUCUUCGCCGGCUCCGGAACCGUCUGCCGCCCAGGACUACGUCGUUUUGGCCGGUGGCGGCGGCGAGGGGCGGAGUGGAAUCCCAAACGCCGUUGUUCUUUCCCGAUUCGAUUUCGCAUCCAACGUCCUCUCCGAUCAGCCAGUGGCUAAACUUGGAACUGGCUCUGAUUUGCCUUAUAGAAUGGCGGUGCACCCGGGUGGAGAUGGCCUCGUUUGUUCAUUUCCUAAAAGUUGCAGAUGGUAUGAAUGGGAUGGAGAAAAGAGCGAGGAAGCUCAUAAAUUGUGUCUAAAGUUGUCUGAUAAUGUGCUCACCCAGUUGGAAGGUGUUGGACAGCAAUUGGCGUUGGCAUUUAAUAAUGAGGGUUCUGCACUUGCUGCUGGUGGUGAGGAUGGAAAUUUGAGGGUCUUCAUGUGGCCUAGCAUGGAAAUUGUUCUCAAUGAGGCCAAUGCUCAUACUACUGUUAAGGACUUAGAUUUCAGCUAUGCUGACACGCUGGCUGGCUUGUCUUGCAGCCCUGAUGGGAAAUAUCUUGUCUCCUUGGGAAAUCGGGGCCCUGCUAGGGUUUGGGAUAUGACUUCCUCAACAGUCGUAGCUUCUCUUUCAAAGGAGAAUGAUGAGGUUUUUAGCUCGUGUAGAUUUUCUGAGAGCAAUGAUACGAAUCGGGUUCUAUAUAUUGCUGCAGUGACAGGUAGAGGUGGAAGCAUUGUAACAUGGAAUACAACCACAUGGAAGAGGAUGGGAUCAAAGCCUGUAGUUCGUGACACAAUUUCUGCCUUCAACAUUUCACCAGAUGGAAAGCUCCUUGCCUGUGGGACAACUCAAGGAGACAUUUUGAUUUUAAAUUCAACCAGUAUGCGGGUUCAGACAAUUGUUAGGAAAGCACACCUUGGCUUUGUAACUGCACUUGCAUUUUCACACGACUCAAGGGGUUUGGCUUCUGUAUCCCUGGACUCAAGUGCAAGGGUGACACUAAUUGAGGACAAGAAGAACACUGGAGGAUUGAGCUUAUGGGUCAUUGUGUUCUUCAUUUUACUUGCCAUUGCUGUAUAUUUUAUGAAGAAGGAAGGAAUCCUUAGCUAGAGGUUGCAGUUUAAUAUACUCGCAGAAUAUGAAAAUUGUACCAAUAGAACUGUCAAAAGCUUUUUAAAUUUGCUUAAGACAGCCUUGGAGCUUAUCAUAGUAUACUGUCCAGUGUCCACAUUAUUUUAAAUCUAAAUCUUGUUUUGAUAGUCUGUUCAAGCACAAUUUUGUUUGUUGCCCCAGUAACAUACUUGAGGGAUUUCUUUUUUCCUUUUGUUUUUCUUUGUUUUCAAUUGAUGUUUGUUAGACUGAAAUCCUGUAAUGAAUGCGGCCAUUAAUUCUUUCA